AUGAGAAAUCUACAACAUAUUCAAUUGAAAGAGGUUGAAUCGUUCGAUGAUGACGAACAAAACUUUGAAUUGGAUGAUCACCCAAAGAAGAAAUUCUAUCACCCCAAAGAUGCGUCAGCCAUCGACAAACUUAGAUAUCUAUUGAAAGACGGAUUUGCUUACAUCACCGCCACCAACACCAGAAAGGCAAUCCUUCUUACAGCUAUAUUUUUAAUUUUCCUAACUCUUACUCUAACCGUUUCAUUUUCCACGAGAUCAUCAAAACCAAAGAUACCAGGUUUAAUUUAUUCAGAUUUGAAAUUACCAUCUUGGAUUAAACCCGUUCAUUACUUGGCACAUGUAACCACAUUCAUGAGUAAUGAUACAUUCAGCGGUGACAUUGUUAUUACCUUGAACAUCACCACCAGCAACAAUGAAGAUUACAUUGUCGUUCAUGGUGAUGAAUUCGUAUUGGAUUCAGCACGUUUAGAAGUUCUAAAAUCAGUGUCCACUUCCUACCCAGACAGUUACACCGCUCCACAAUCUUCAAUCUCUGCAGAUAAAAUAACAUUUGAUAAGAAUAACACAUAUUAUAUUAUUCAAUUUGAUAAAUUAUCAAAAUAUUUAAGUGAUGGAAAUCAAUAUUUUAAAUUAUAUAUUUCAUAUCAUUCGAAUUUGACUGAUUCUCUCAAAGGUUAUUAUAUUUCAAAGUAUGAUGAGAUUGGUAAUACCAAGAAGAAGUUGGCUAUGACACAGUUUGAACCGACCGAUGCACGUUUGACCUUCCCUUGCUUCGACGAACCAGCUUUCAAAGCAAACUGGACCAUCUGGAUGGAUAUAGACGGUGACUACAAUGCACUCUCCAAUAUGGAGUCAAUUGAAACCAAAGUAAAUGGCGACAGAAAGUUGGUCAAGUUUGGUACAACACCAAAGAUGUCAACCUAUCUGGUGUGUAUCAUCACACAUCAAUACACUCAAAUCAAUGAUACUGUUGAUCUCGGUAAGGGUAGAUCGAUCAUCGUUCGUAUCUGGUCAUCCCUGCUCCAGAGCAACCAGACUGCAUACCCACUAGAGGCAGCAUCACUCUCCAUAAAAUUCUAUACCGAAUAUUUCGAAAUUGACUAUCCACUAUCAAAGAUGGAUAUUAUUGGUGUAUCAGAUUUUGCAGCUGGUGCAAUGGAGAAUUGGGGUCUAAUUACAUUUAGAAAUACAGAUGUUUUCUAUUCAAAUUUAACAGCAUCGGUUGAAUCCAAACAAAGAGUAUCGGAAGUUAUUGCACAUGAGAUUGCACAUCAAUGGUUUGGUGAUUUGGUUACUAUGAAAUGGUGGAAUGAUUUAUGGUUGAACGAAGGUUUUGCUACAUUUAUGUCAUACAAAUGUUUGAGUGCUGCAUUCCCAGAUUUCAAUAGUCAAAGUGACUUUUUAAAUCUUAUUAAAAUAUCUGGUUUAACUAUGGAUUCAAGUAAUAACACUCAUCCAAUUUCAAAUAACUUUGUUAAAGUAAUUGAUAUUGAAGCUUCAUUUGAUUCGAUUACUUAUGAUAAAGGUGCAAGUGUAUUGAAUAUGUUGGAUACUUUAAUGAAAUCAGGUGGUGUCGAUCAAUUCCAAAUUGGUAUUCGUAACUAUUUGAAUAAACACCAGUACUCGAAUGCCGAGACUGCUGAUCUCUGGCAAGAGUUGACCAAGGCAUCGAAUCCAACUAUUCAAGUCGAUGAAAUUAUGAAGAAUUGGGUCACCGCUCCAGGUCUACCAUACAUCAAUGUCACCUCUAUCAAAGGUGGCAAAGCACUGGCUCUCUCUCAACAUAGAUAUCUCGGUAAUAUCGACUCGGUCGCCAAAGACACCACCAUUUGGAACAUCCCAAUCUCUGUGGCAACCAACUGCUCCAUCAGCAAAUCCAAUAUGGAUGGCGCCACCACUGAGAUUGCAAUCGACUUGAACGAGUGUAAAUAUGCACUGUUCAAUAACCACGCCAAUUCAUUCGUUAGAUACAAGUAUGACACCGAGACACUCAAUGCAAUCAUCCACCAGAUGUCGAGAGACAUCAACUCGCUCGAUCCACUCGGUGUCGUUGAGUUCCUUGACGACCAAUUCAGCUUUGUGAAAGCCGGUUUGUUGCAGCCAUCGAGUGCAUUCGAGAUGGCAUCGUUCCUCGGCAACAACACCAACAUUCCCGCAACCAUCUUGUCGGCCACUCUCAACGGAAUCGCCACUAUCGGAAGCAGUAUUACCGAGCAGGAAUGCUAUCCACAAUUCCGUCAACUCCAACAAUCCUACUUCCGUAAUGUAUUGGCCGAUUUCAACUACUCGGCAACUCCGACUACCUACCUGGACAAAGUCAGAUUCAAGACUAUCAUCGGCCUGUCAAACAGUGCCGGAAUUACUCAGACCGUUGAAUUCCUCAACAAGACAUGGCACGACUUGAAAUCGACACCGGAGAAGAUCAACCCAGACUACCGUCGUUCGAUGUACGCAUCGAUCAUCGUCAACGGUGGCAACAACGAGUACAACUGGGUACGCGAGCGAUUCCUCCACGGCAACAACAAUGAGAAGACCGAAUCACUGUUGGCACUCGGUCAAGCCAGACAACCAUACCUCGUCAAGCGAUCGCUCGACAUGUUCAUGAAUGGCACCGUAAGAAUUCAGGACUACAUCUAUCUCAUUCGUAGUCUGUCGCUCAACUCCAACGGUAUCGACGCAGCGUGGCGUUACUUCCGUGAGAACUACGAGUUCUUUGAGAAGAAUCUCAACGCACAAUCACUCGGACAAUUCACCAAUACCAUCGGUGGUCAAUUCAACAGCAAGAUACUCCUCCAGGAAUUCAACGAGUUUGUUCAAGGCAAAUCAAAGAUUCCAGAAUACUUUAUUAAAUCAACACAAGAAAUUAUUGAAAAUAAUAUUAAAUGGCUAGAUAGAUAUGCUACUCCACUUUGUAGUUAUCUUCAUGAAAGAUUCCCAGAUGACAUAAAUAAAUAA